CGCAUCAUUGGCCACAGGGAGCAGUAGGGAGGUGGUGCUGUCUCCAGUGGGUUAACGUCUGCUUUCGAUCGUUAAUCAUCAAGAUAAUAAUUCUCAAAGAUAAACGAUAACCUAAUAUACGAUAACGACAUAUGAUAAACAUUAAUUAAAAUCAAUAAGUGCCCAGUGAGUGUCUUAAUCAGUUUUCAGGUAGGCACUAGACUAGGCGAUAUGAAAAUCAGUUUGUAUUUUUUGCUAUUUUAUGUGUGUAAUACGGCAUGCAAUGGCGAUAAAGAAGCCGAAGAGGAGGCGAACAGGAAACGGAUACUUGACCAAUUGACAAAAACACGCACAGUGAUACUGGAUGACUACCAUUUGGUCACUAGGCAGAUAGCGACCGAUGUAUAUAUGUACAGAAGCUACCGCACUGUGUCUGUUGUGUUUUAUCCCGUCAGGAAAGACGUUAGCGAUGCACGCUUCACAUUCCAGGCUGAAGAGCUUCAUUUAAAUAACAUUGGUAGGUGCGACCCUCAAGAUGUUAUAAUCAACAUAAAGCACGGCUCCUACCCAGCCGUGAACCCUGACGGAUACCCCUUUCCUAAAGACUUCGUGGACCCGGCAACCAGGGACAAUAUACACACGGUUGAACUGCUGUCGGAUGGCAAGAAUAAAUCCUACAGUAUAGCCCACCCGAAGCCUGGAUCGUGGUACGCAUUAGUAUACAGGAAAUGGGAGGAUCCUAGGACUCAGAAGGUUGAGCAGCAAGGUCUCGUUGCCGACUGCCACACAAUCUUAUACACGGACCUGCAAGUGAAAAUAGACGAUGACCUCCGACUUAUAGACUGUGAUCAGGGCAUCACCAUCUCCUACUCGAAUAUUCCCGCCACUUACAAAUGUAUGGUCAUCGACAGCAUACAACCAGUCAACUUCAACUUUACAAUUACGAACACUGCCGGUGCUGACAAAGACGUCAUCUUCCUUAUACAAGCCCUAUACCAACCCUCGUUAGACAGUAACAUCCUCUCUUGCUACUUCGACCCAAGAGCCAGCAAUGUACACUCAGUGAACUUCAUUCCUCAUCCAAACGCGUGGCAUUACUUCAGAAUAGAAUACUACACCCCCGACAAUGAUACCAAAAUCAAUAACUGUGACAACCUAUACUAUGCCAGAACGGAAGAAGACGAUCUCGGCAAUCAUUCCGUUAUAGACCUUAUGCGCGACGACAAAGGUCGCUUUUUCACAUUCGACUAUGGCUUGCCUACCACUGAUCUGCAAGAUGCAACCAGUUUAGUCAAUCUGACUUCAGACGAAGUGAAGUCCUUAAGGUUUCCGGUGACCAAGAUCUUGGAUAUCGGAGGCACUUUAGCUUUGGAAUCUAGUCUGCUUAUGAAAAAUUUAAAGUAUUACAUGGGAUGGAAAAGAGAUCGGAAAGGUGCCCAAGGAAAUUUGCUGGCGUUUACGGAGGAUAGUCAAUAUAUGCGCGUUGUGAUCUGUUUGGACAUCGGCCAUACAAGUUUGCCCUUAUCGUCCGGACACUGCCAAUACAACGAUCACGUGAAGCCCGCGCUGUUUGUUUUGAACAGCACGGACUCAGAGUCCAUAGACGAUAAAGUGAUAAUUCCUUUUCCCGACGACGGGCAGUGGUAUCUGACGUUCCGUUUGUUUUGCGAUGAAGUUGUCUGUCCUUGUCGGACGUUUGAUAACGGUACGAAGUAUUACGUGAACUCGAGCGUGCUAGACAGGGACGAGGAAGACUUGGGGAACGUGUCGAUACGGGAGGGGGAGAAGGAGUGCAACGUGACGGUGGUGCUGUCGAUCUCCUCAUCGUCUUGCGUCGGCGGCCGCUGCGGGAACCACGGCAGCUGUCUGCUCAACACGUUCGGUGGACUGAUUAUGUCUUUUUGCUCCUGCACGGCUGGUUACGGAGGCUGGGACUGCUCUGACGACUCGAGGAUGGACAGCAAAGUCUCCAUGAUCGUGUCAGUACUACUCCUAACGCUCAGCAACAUGCUCUUCUUCAUCUCCAUCUACGUGGCCAUCAUCAGACUGUACUACACCGAAGCCAUGAUGUACGGAUUCACCAUGGUCUUCUCCACAUUCUACCACGCCUGCGACGCGCCCGCUCAGGUAGCCUACUGUAUAACCCGACCGAACAUUCUACAGUUCGGAGACUUUUACUGCGGCAUCAUGUGCUUCUGGGUAACAUUACUGGCCAUGGCCAUCAUGGGUGAUAAACUGAGAUCCUCAUUACAACUGAUCGGUGCAAUAAUCAUAGCUUUACUCACUACGUGGAACAUGCAUUCUAUAGUCGCGUUUAUUUUACCUGUAGCGAUUGGAUGCGGUUUUUUAUUCUUAAGUUGGUAUUUAGAUUGGAGAAAGGCUCAUGCGUUAAUGUACAAGAGAUCGUAUUAUACAACUUUUUUGCCUAUUGGCAUAUUGUUGGUCGGCGUAGGUUUGAUCUGCUUUGCUUUUCUUCAGACUGAGCAGAAUUAUAAGAUUGUACAUUCGAUUUGGCAUAUGAUAAUCGCUGCAAGCGUAGUGUUCCUUUUACCGGAUAUAAAACGCGGAGACAACGUGAACCCAUUCCUGCCCGGCCCCAAUUUCUGUAGCCUGCCGUUUUGUAGCAAAUUCAUCAGAUCUCUAACCCCUAAUACUGUCAAUAGAUCUCAAACUCCUACAACAACGGCCCCGUAAAGGCCCAUUUAGAUGGAGCGAGUUUCUCUCUUUCACCAUACGAUUAUCGUAGCAUGAGAAAUAUAGUAUCGUGUAAACUAUAUGUACGAUUUCGCACAAGAAGGAGCGAUAAUUGCCUACCCUGUAACGGUUGGAUGUCUCCGUGUAAAUACAAUUUUAAUGCGUGAAUCGUAUUUCGAUUUCAUGUGCUAUUCAGUCGCCAUCAUGAAUGCACUGUGUGAGGCUGUUCUGAUUGUGUCGACACUUUUAAUACAAGAAUUACAAAAAAAAAAACACGUGUUUGGGUAAAAAAUUGAAACAAAGGAGACUUAAAGAGGCUUUCACUUUCCCGUUCCUGUAAAUAUUGGCUGCAUAUUUUUUUAAUAUUCAUUGUUAUUUCUUUUGGAUGAAAUUCUUUAAUUUCCAAUUCAAUCGAAAAUGUAUGAAAUGCAGCAACCCUGUUGUUGUAAUUGAUGUCUUCAUGUUCCAGAAGCAUUCGUAGCUUCUAUACAACUCAACGAAUCUUAUGUUUGUUGAAGUUCCAAAUGUAUACGUUUUUGGGACAUACUGAAUGUUUUAAUAAUUGCCAAAACGCACAACAAAGUUUUUCUUUUCAUAUACUUAAACAGCACAUAUACUGUGUAGAAAAAUAGAAAGGGCUCUCGAGGGAAAGUUCCUUAAAACUUGUAAGUUAGCUCGUUUUACUUAAAGGAAACAUUAUUACAUGUUUUUAAAAUAACUGCAUUCAAAGAUAUGUAUUUUUUUUUCAAUUAGCUUAUCUCGCCCGGGAAUCGAACCGACAAAAAAUCCAAAAAUACUAAAAAUCUUUUUGAUACUUUGUAUGACAGACGAGUGUAAGACCUAAUGUUUCUUGGAGAAAUUUUAACAUUAUUAACUGUAUCGGCCAGUGAAAUAAAAUAGCGUUUAUUUGCAAGUCGGUUCAAUUCCCGGGCGAGACAAGAGAAUUUAAAAAAAUCUUUGAAUGCAUUUUAGUUUCUUUUUAAAAACUAAAGAAUGUUUCCUUUAUGUAAAAUGAGCUAAAUUAAGGUUUUAGGGCGCUUUGCCUCCAGGGCCAAUUUUUUUUUCACACGGUAUAUUAAAAUAAAUACAACUUAAAUUUUAUUAAACUUAAAGUGAGAGAUCAAGAAAUAUAAUUAUGAAUAUUUUACGGUAUCGUGGUAAUGAUUUGCAACUAAUGACGUAAGUUGACUGGUAAAACUCGCACGAAAAUCGGUUCGCAGUUCACACCGAUUCCUACCUACCGGUGCCUACGUUCAAAAAUGUCACACGAGAACGAUUUUAGACGAGUCGAGAAAUCGUAAGCAAAUAGAGUAAAACCAAGAUAAGUUUGCAGCGAUUUUGAUAGCCCAGACGGUGCACGGGGUUAUUAUAAACGUCAAACUUCUAUGAAAUAAUGACGUUUACUUGACACUUGCACCUUCUGGGCUAUCAAAAUCUCCCUAGAAUACAGCUCCUCGUGGAAACUAUUUCGUCUGGCCAUAAUCUCCCCACGAGUAUUGCUUGACAAUCGUGCGCGAUCUAUUAUUUCUCGCAUGAAUGUAGGUACACGUUUUAUAUGAUACUCGCCUGACGAUUAUUCCAUACGAUUUCUCACCCCAAUACGUGCGACAAACUCGCACCGUCUAAAUGGGCCUUUCAUAGCAGACUGAAGGUGUCAAUUGCCAUCCAUUAUAAAACGAGCCUUAUGUCGUCUUGCUAAGGUGCAAAUACAAAUAACGCGUAAGUGUUAGUUAGUAAUUAAGAUAUAAAUGUUAUUUCCGUUAGUUAUGACAUUCUCCUACUAGUCAACACUAUUUUGAACGAGUACAGAUAUUUUAGGAAUUCGUAUAGCUCUUGAUAGUUAGGUGUAACGUAUUGAAUUCACAUGACAAUAGAUAAUGAUAGGGAAUAGUACAAUUUUCAUAAUAUUUAUUGAAGUACAUGAAACAAAAUGAAAGACUGUGAGAAGAAUUAUAGAAAACUAAGCAGAGCCGGACUCGGACAUUGUUAUCGAGGUAAAUCUAUAAGUAAUGGGCGAUUGACGGAUGAUAUCUACUUAUCAGUUACCUAAUUGUUAAACGGUAUUAACCCUUUGAACGCCAAGAACUCUUAAAGGCGUCGUAGGAAAUCGUGCCCUUACCGCCAAGAACGCUUAUAUCUAAGUGCUGUGGCGUACGUUCUCAAAGUACUUAACCUUUUCCAGUACGGUUUAUAUUUGCUAUAAGCUAGCCAGAGAUAUUGUGCAUGAAGUUCUUGGGUUUGAAAAACGGCAUUCAAAAGAUUAAGCUCGAGACAUGUACAGUGAGCUGCGAAAUUGCAUGGAGAAAUUAUGAAUGAAUUAAUUGAUAAAAUCGUCAUGCACUUUUACGGUUGAUUUUACAACGUGUACACGUCUUGAGCCUAAAGAACUUUUGAUUUAUUACAAAAUUCAUAACACUGUACGGUACAUAUUUGUAUACUGAAGACCUACAAUGAUAAGAAUGUCUAGGAGUAAUAUAUGCAGCUCCUAGACAUUCUUAUAAAACUUAAUUUAUUGUACCCAAGCUUCACCAAACUGCAACCGUUACUCGCCCAUUAUUAUGGUGCCUUUAUGUCCCUUCUUCCUGGUGCCCUUUAAUGUACCGAGUCUGGCCCUAUCAAUACGAAACGAGCACCACGCCCCACGACCCCGUUAGAACUUAACGGACCAAUUUAGAUGUGAUUUUAUGUGAUAGAAUGUACCAGAGUGUAGCAGAUUUUUUAGUACCUAUUCUGUUUAUAUACUUUAAUAUUUUUAAUUGAUAUUACUCACAAAGGAAGUCGAAGGCCCGUCGUAACUUAUUAUUAUUAUUUACAGAAUCAAUCCAUUGAUUGAGUAAGAUGCGUAAAAUCUAAGACAAUUUCGUGCUUCGAAUUUGACAGGUAAACGAGAUGGCGCUGUACGGCUCCAUACAUUUUGCGGUAACUCUGACAUAGGAGUACAGCGCCAUCUGUUUUGGAUGUCAAACUAAGGGGCACGUUUUUUCCUUAGACUACCUCUCUAUUACAAACAAUUCUCUUUGAUAUAAUUUACUUUGCUUCUGAAACGGGUCUUGAUGUAAAUAAUAAAUUAUACAUCCAAGGGAAUAAUAAAACUACAGAUAGACUACGUUUGCUAUGUGAGAUGUGCGUGGUGGGGUAAUACAGGCGACGAUAACGCACGGCGGGGAAGAAUGAAAUCUCGUGGAACUAUUUGACAGCUGUCAACUCAAAUCAGUGGGAGCAGAUGCUCAGAGUGAAGUCGUCACGAUUGUCUUAGAGAUGAGCAGAUUUGGAAUUAACGUUUUAGUAAAAUUGUUGGAUAUAAAGGAAAUCUAAUACUUCUGGACAAUAAGACUGUAGACCAUUCAAGUAAAAGUAUUGAAGCGUGGGCUCAAUAUGACGAACACAAUAUGUUGAUCCUAUUAAAGUAUAAAAUUGCAUGAUUUCUGCGCAUUGCAAGUGGGUAUACAUACUUACGUUUAUUUCAUGACAAACGCGUAAUAUACCUAUUUAAUGUUCAUUAUUAUCGGACAAAGUCAAUGUAGACCGAGCAGUGGCAUGCUUAACCUUUUAACCGUUUAGAAUUUGUCGAGCGUGCUUGUGUCGCCGCCGGUACGAAGUUACACGAAUUUUUGUCUUAAUUAUCAGACUGCGGCGAAAUGAGCGAUUACGGCGGCCAAAAGGUUAAGAAUACGAUUAAGUACAAAAGUCAAUAAAUUCCUCAAUUAAAAUCGAACUACAAUGUUGUAUACUUAAUUAUUGCAACUAUUCAAAUAAAAUACAUCAAAUUUUGUUAUAAAUAUAUGUAGGCACUUGUUCCAUUGAUAGAAUUUAUAAUAAAAUAAAUGUUAAAGAGUAUUCAUGUGACUUCCAACUCUAGUAAUAUCUACUCGAAGAAUGUUUUGACUUUUGGUACACAUCCUGAUAUAAAGGUGUUCCCUUGUAAAUGCCUUCAACUUUCAGGUCAGUACCCCUUCAUUUGAAUGAUAAUAAUAAUAAGUAAAUUGUAUUAGUUUGAUUCUUGAACCUUAUAAGCUUUAAAAAUAAUUAUUUUCCCAAUAAUGUGAGUCAUGAUAAUAUAAUUGUGCAAAAAUGAAAUAAUAGUCUUUGAAGGAGUAAAUGCAUUGGUUUACAUAACCACAAUGUACCUAAAUUAAAUAUGAAAUACGUUUACAUGUGUUUUGAGUUUAUAAGUAAGUAGCUUCAGCCAUUUUAACGGAAGCCUGUGCAAAAGUAGGAAAUUAUAAAAACAUGUUGACCUCUAAAAGUAGUGUAUGUAUAGUGUAAUGCCCAAAUAAUAUAUGGUUGGUAUAGCAAAAAAAUCGCGUGUGUACAUAACUAAGUGGCGUGUCAGGUCAUAAUGCCAUCUCUUUCACUCUUGGUUGGGCUUAACAAGGGUAAAGGAGAUAGCAUUAUGAUCUCAGUUACCAGUUACGAGUAGUUGUGGACAUACGCCGUUAACCUUUUGAACGCCAAGAACACCUAAAGUCGUCGUUACUAGUCGUGGCCGCAGCGGCACUAUAGGUGUUAUGGCGGACGCUGUGAAAGUAACCUUCACACUUUCAAGUAAAGUUUACAUUAGCCCGGCGCCCGGGAGCUUGGCGCUUGAGUGAUGUUUAUGUUUAUGACAUAAAGCGUUCAAAAGGUUAUAUGAUAUUAAAGUCCGGUGACACCGGCUACAAUCGAUGAACUGACUACCGUUACUCAGGGCAGAAUUAUGAGAUUACCACUACAACAAAAAAUACGAUUGCUGGCUUCUAUGUGCAACCGGCCCUUGAUCUAGAGAUUUAGGGAAGGAUUCUUAACGAUACUAUUAAGAAAAAUAUUUGAAGUUUGUAGUUUCAAAAUACAUUCGGGCAUUUUAUUAGUAACGAACCCUGAAAUAUUUUUAGGUGCAUACUUUUGUUAGAUACUUCUGCUGUUUUUUAUGCUACUGUAAAUAGAUAAAAAAUGUCCAAUAUUGUAAUAUAAACUGACGGUGCCUUAUACCUAUUGUCCACCUUCAAUUUUCGAGACCGUUUGUGACUGAAUUCUUGGCAAUGGCUUAAUUUAGGACUGUUGCAACUAUGGGGUCAAGUGGUAAUAGAACAUUUCGAUUCUAGUGCGGAAAGUAUGUCAUUACUUCACGAGUACCGAGAAGACUCGGGACGAGUGAAGAAUGACAUUUCCGCACGUGUAGCGAACGACGUUUUUUUAUUACAGUUGCGAAAAAAUAAGAAAAACAACAAGUACUUUUUUUACAUGCACUAUAAGACAGAAACAAUUGUAAAUAUAAAAUAUUAUACUAUUUUAUUACCUAAGUAUCGUUAUUAUUUGUGUAUCGUAUAUUUAAAUUGUAUGAAAACAAUAUCGAAAGUUGCCUUUGGAAACUUAAAACAUUCUUGCGGUGAGAAAAAACGCCUCUGCUUUGACAGGCGUUUCGGCAGCUAUUCCGUUCCAUUCAGACAACUUAUUAAUAACGGUUUUUCAAUAUUAAACGUGUUAUAAUGAUGAAGAGGUAAGUAAUAAUAUAUGAAAUAUGCUUAAAUUUAUUAUUUUUACAUUAACAGUAGGUUUUUAUGUUGAUAACGACUUUAUAUGAAAUAUGCUUAAAUUUAUUAUUUUUACAUUAACAGUAGGUUUUUAUGUUGAUAACGACUUUUAAAGGAAACUAACAUUAACACUUAUCAUCAAUAAGUAGUCAUGAAUUGGAACACUUGGAAAAGUAAAAAGCACUAGUUCACGAAAUCCAACUUUCCGCACGCUAAACAGCUACGUAAAAUAGCACUUUUUGAGCAACUGUAUUAAAAAAGGUUUUUACAGUACAUAUGUUACUGCUUUCCCGCACUAGUGCGUAAAUUAGCACAUUAUGUAACUAUGUCGAAAAUUUAAAGGGUCAUAUGUACUGUAAAACGUUGUACUAUACAUGGUCGAACAGGUAAUUCCUAUUGUUCGCACUUGUAUCGUAAAUAACUAUUACACUUCCACUGUGUACCUCCAUACCCUAUACAUAUAUAAUAUACCUCAUUACCUCCUCUACCCUUAUAGUUGUAACUGCCCUAACUCAUUUUACCUAAAAAACAAGUACCUACCACAGUGUGUGUAUGAAUUUAAAUUUAGUAUAACUCUUAGUUUGAAUAAAGGAAAAUUCGUCUAUUAAAAAAAAUAAUGGUCUCCUUCUUCCAUUAGUGUUUGUGCCAUGUGUAAUAUUAAGAUUUAGUAAAUUAAUGUACAUAUUGAUAUUAUUUAGCGGCUUUCUCUUUAUAAUGCUCACUUGCUUUAACAACGGGCCACCCUUGUCUUGUACAAAAAGUUAAACAUGGAACACCAACUUGUGUAUUAUACAAACCAUAUACUUCUACAUAAAUUAGGAUGCUAUUUCGCAACCAAGUAAUCCUUCACUUGGCUAUAUCUUCACCCUUCACUGUAAAGAAAAUAGUUCCGAAGUGUCAUAAAAGUAUGUUAACAACAAAAUAAGGUGGAAAUAUGACUUACUAUUCGAGCAAAAUCGUCUAUAUGAAUCUUAAACAUAUAGGUACCAAUAUUACGAAACCCUGCCAGCCGUGCAGUAUAUUUAAGUACGACAGGUAUGUUAAAUUGUGUAGACAGUCUUGCCUGCACAGACAAUGUUAUCAUGUUACCCUCAUUGACCUUACCUUCUGACGGUCUUUACAAAACUUGGCCUUAUUAAUGUUGACAUUCCUUCCAUCUUUUGUUUGCUCAAAUGGUAGAAGUUUUACUUCUUUUUCUGAUCUCUCGGGGCAAAACAGGAACAUUGUACAUUUCUGACUAGCCUAUCUAUGGUGUUUAAAUGAACUUUAUAUAAUGUGCCAUCUUAUUUGUGUGCAUAGAUAAGUUUAUACUAAUUGCAUGAUUUAUAUUAAAUUUUAUUACUUACAAAGUGUAAACUUUAUGCCAGAAGGGUAUAGGUGAAAGUUUCUAAAAGGAUGACUCUUUUGACUGUCUAGUUACUUUAAAUACUUUAACCUUUUACGGCGAAGGAAUAUGCCGUGCCAAGACGCCAAGCGAUCGCGAAUAUUUAAGCGAAAUUGAACUUUACGGAAUCCAACGUAAGUCCCUAUUGCAUUGAUUGGCGAAGCUGUCGGCAGUAGCCGUUGUUGGCGUCCUUGGAAAAACUUACUACGCCACUGCCGACUGUGCCGGGUCAAAAGGUUAAAGUCAGACUCCACAUGUAAUUCUGCUAUUAGAAAAUCAUUUUUUUUUUAUAAAACUCUUUGGGCAACUAAAUCACAGCAGCUACUUUUUUUAAUACUUUUAUUUCCAAUAUUAACAUACUAUGUAUUUACUACCUUUUUGAUAUUACUCCACUGAAGUACAGGGCCCAAUGUCUUUAAAAUUUGUUUUACUUUCUUUUAUAUUAUUUAGUCAGACCAAACUCAGUUGGCAACGAUUUUGAUAGCCCAGCCUAUGCAAGUGUUAAGUAAAUGCCAUAAUUUCAUAGAAGAGUAACAAUCAAAAUAACACUUUUACUUUCUGGGCUGUCAAAACUGCUGCCAACUUAUCUUGGUCUCUAGUAAUAUUCUAAGUGGGCUAUGUCAUUGAUGCUUUAUGUAUAGUAGUGUUAGUUAUUUAUACACAAAUAGUUAAUGUUGUAAUUUAUUGUAAUGUUCAUGAACAAAGAUGCCAGUUACCAAGCACACUAAAUAUUGCACUGCAGUAUAAGUUAUUUUAAUUAAAGUAUAUUUUAUAUUAUAAUCGUGAAUAAUUAUAUUUGUUAUGAAAUAUUUGUAAGUAAAUAAAAAUAUUAAAACCAAAGUCAAAUUUAUGAAAUAUUGAAA